CGACAGCCACACACUCACGCAGUUCGAGAGCCAGCUGGGUCGAUGAGUCGUCUGGUCUCGCCCUCCCCAUCGAGCACCGCCAUUGAGCAGAACCAAACUCACCCUCCACCAUUAAUGCAGUGAGUGCCUCGUGGGAGGGGACGGGCUGGUGUGUGUCGGCUGUGUCUUUCCUGACUGCUUAGACGUGUCGACAGCAGACAAAUCGAUGCGAUUGAGUCAAUGCAGUGAGACACAUUAUUACAUCUCGUCGACACAACUUGAUGGACACGGCUACGUCGAGUCGAUGUCCACACGCACACACGCACAUUCACCCCGAUGAGGUCUGCCUGCCUGCCGACAGUCACAGACACUAAGGAUAUCAGCCGGCCGUCGCUGAGCCCCAACUUGAGGCCACCAGACAGACGCCCACUGGAUAAGAAUCAUGACGAUGGCAUUAAGACAUCGGUGUGCCAAUCACUCCAGGAGUGAAAGCGUCGUCAUGGCAGCUCAACAAAAAAUCGUCAGCAGGGCGUGGGAGAGACGUAAAGUCUCUCUCGACCAACAGCACGACCCACAGGCAGCAGCAUCAGCACACUCACGGCAGACACAAAGGGCCACGGGCGGCUGAUAGGCACACACGCGACAAAGGCAGCGACAUCAGCCACACACACACUGAGCGAUAAACCAUCCCGACAACGGCAGGCACAAAGAGGCCCAUCAGUGUGUGAGCCGUCGUGUGCUGUCUCUCUUUGGUUGAGCGAAAGUCUGCCUAUGGUACACACAGAACAUAGCACCCACUCGUGUGUCGCCUCCAGCCAGCGACGGGCCGACCGACCGGCCCCCUCACAAACAUUGAGACAACUCUUCCCCUCCCAACAGCACGACCAACACCAUUCAACACACGCACAGCGAGAGAGACUGUGAGGCAGCCACACAGACAAAACUCCCCCGCUCAUAGCAGACAGACAGACGGCGGGGGAGAGAGGGGACACGCACACAAAAUACCCCUAUGGCUAACCCGCCCUCCUUCGCUGAAAACGGAGGCACACACAAGGCCAGUCAACGAGUGAAGAGCCCCCGGCUACGGACAUGAGUGUGUGACACACAGCCGUCCCCACGUGUGUGUGUGUGUGUGCACUCUCCCCUACCAUAUGCUGACCAAACGCAGCUCAAUGUAGGGGGGAUCAUACGUGGGUAAGCCGCCAUAAUACCUGAUGUUUGGCGCUUUGAUCUGCCUCAUCUCCCCCUCACGCAUAGACAGCAUCGCCUCACGACACCACCCAAACAGAUCAGACACACGACACACCUGCCGACGGCCAUCGUAGACCUUGUCACGGCCGUCGAAUCCAUCACGCCACUCAACCCGGUCGAACGUGACGUGGUCGCUGGCCCUGGGCACUCUGCCGGUGCCCUCUUCCACCACCUCAUACCUCUCACCCCCUGGCAAUGUGCCAGUCCGACGGCGUAGAGUGGCGCCGCCGCCAAUGAAGGGACUGUCAACGACGCACACACACACAGAGAGAGAGAGAGCGCGCAGACACAAAGCCAAUCACCAUCCACGCACGAGGCAUGAGCAAGAGAGACGCAAGGGCUCCUCACCUCUGGUUGUUCGGUAGCCUUUGCCCUAUCGGCAGGGCAGUGGGCGGGCUGGUGCUGAAGUCGAGGAAGCGGACGCCCUUAUUGCCCUCUGCCAGCCGGGUCACAAUCACCUCGCCACUCAGAGGGCUCGUGACUUCGAUGAACAGCUCGCCCGGCCGAUUGGGGUACUCAAAGACGUUCUUCUCGCCCCACACAGUGAUGCCCACCCACCCGAGGCCAGCUGCCAACGCCAUGAUGCCUGCUGUGAUACCUGUCACAGAGUCUGGAUAAUCCAUCAGAUCUCUCUCUCGUUUGCAAUCUGCACGUGUGCUGCCUCUCUGUGGCUCACCCUGUGUGCUCACCCUCCUUUCCCGUUUUGCCGCAGAAACACUUC